UGGAUGACGCCCGCAGCGACCAUAUUUGUUUUGGGCACCCAAGCUGGAGGCUGCGCCUGCCCAGUAGCUUCUGCGUCCUGGGGGGAAUCGAUGUGGUGAAGCUGAGGAGAGAGGCCGCUCGUCAUCCGUGCUCGCGAUGACCCAGGCCGAGAAGGGAGACGCGGAGAACGGGAAGGAGAAGGGUGGGGAAAAGGAGAAGGAGCAGCGCGGCGUGAAGCGGCCCAUCGUGCCGGCCUUGGUGCCGGAGUCGCUGCAGGAGCAAAUCCAGAGCAACUUUAUUGUUGUCAUACAUCCAGGCUCAACAACUUUAAGGAUUGGUCGAGCCACAGACACACUCCCUGCCAGCAUUCCUCAUGUCAUUGCCCGAAGACACAAACAACAAGGGCAACCUCUGUACAAGGACAACUGGCUCCUAAGGGACGGACUAAAUAAACCUGAGAGUAACGAACAAAGGCAAAAUGGCCUUAAAAUGGUGGAUCAAGCAAUAUGGUCUAAAAAGAUGUCAAAUGGUACAAGACGGAUUCCUGUGUCUCCAGAACAGGCACGCUCCUACAACAAACAGAUGCGACCUGCAAUUUUAGAUCACUGUUCUGGAAAUAAGUGGACAAACACAUCUCAUCAUCCUGAGUAUUUGGUAGGAGAAGAGGCCUUAUAUGUUAAUCCAUUGGACUGUUACAAUAUUCACUGGCCCAUCAGAAGAGGUCAGUUAAAUAUUCACCCUGGACCUGGGGGCUCCCUUACAGCUGUUCUGGCAGAUAUUGAAGUAAUAUGGUCUCAUGCAAUACAAAAAUACUUGGAAAUCCCACUGAAAGAUUUAAAGUAUUAUAGGUGUAUCUUAUUAAUUCCUGAUAUCUAUAACAAACAGCAUGUGAAAGAACUAGUGAAUAUGAUACUAAUGAAGAUGGGUUUUUCAGGGAUUGUGGUUCAUCAGGAGUCCGUGUGCGCUACCUUUGGAAGUGGUUUAAGCAGCACGUGUAUUGUAGAUGUGGGGGACCAGAAGACAAGUGUAUGCUGCGUGGAGGACGGGGUGUCUCAUCGGAACACUCGGCUCUGUCUGGCCUAUGGGGGCUCCGAUGUGUCAAGAUGUUUUUACUGGCUCAUGCAGCGAGCUGGGUUCCCUUAUAGAGAAUGCCAGCUAACAAAUAAAAUGGACUGCCUGCUACUCCAGCACCUCAAAGAAACAUUCUGUCAUUUAGAUCAGGACAUCUCUGGGCUUCAGGACCAUGAGUUUCAGAUUCGACAUCCAGAUUCUCCUGCCUUGCUUUACCAGUUUCGAUUAGGAGAUGAAAAACUCCAGGCUCCAAUGGCUUUAUUUUAUCCAGCUACUUUUGGAAUUGUUGGACAGAAAAUGACAACUUUGCAGCACAGAUCCCAGGGUGAUCCUGAGGAUCCUCAUGAUGAACAUUACCUACUGGCUACGCAAAGCAAGCAAGAACAGUCUGCAAAAGCCACUGCUGACCGAAAGUCUGCAUCCAAACCCAUUGGGUUUGAAGGAGAUCUUCGUGGCCAGUCUUCCGAUAUUCCAGAAAGAAUCCAUUCGCAGGAGGUGGAUUUGGGGUCCUCCCAGGGAGACUGCCUGAUGGCCGGCAACGACUCUGAGGAGGCUCUCACUGCACUGAUGUCCAGGAAGACUGCCAUCUCGCUGUUUGAAGGGAAAGCCCUGGGCCUUGAUAAAGCCAUCCUUCAUAGCAUAGACUGCUGUUCAUCUGAUGAUACCAAAAAAAAGAUGUACAGUUCCAUCCUGGUGGUAGGAGGUGGUUUGAUGUUCCAUAAAGCACAAGAAUUUCUACAGCACAGAAUUCUCAACAAAAUGCCCCCUUCAUUUAGGCGAAUUAUUGAAAACGUAGAUGUUAUCACGAGGCCCAAGGACAUGGACCCCCGGCUGAUUGCGUGGAAAGGAGGGGCAGUGUUGGCAUGUUUGGAUACAACACAGGAGCUGUGGAUUUAUCAGCGAGAAUGGCAGCGCUUUGGGGUCCGCAUGUUACGAGAGCGAGCUGCUUUUGUGUGGUGAAGCGGGCUAUUGAAGACCAAAAACAAGUCUCUUGAUAUAGAAGAUUAAAGAAUGUAUGUGGGUUUUUUUGGGUUUUUUUUUUUUUUUUGGUACCGGGAAUUGAACUCAGGACCUUGCGCUUGCCAGGCAGGCACUUACGGUGCUGAGCUAUAUCCCUGGCCAGAAUGUGUGUGUUUUAAUUUAUUGAAUUACAUGCUUAAUUUUCAUGGAAAGAAUUUCCACUUCAUAUUGAGGAUAUAACAUUGAUUUGAAAUUAUAAUCAUUUUCAUAGUUGGGACAUUUGAAAGUAAAUACAAAUUUACACUUCAGUUGUAAA